AUGAACACCCUCCGCUUCUUCCCUAACCAGACUGACAACAACUGUUACAUUAUACCCCUAAAAUUUCCAGGAUACAACUAUAUCGUUCGCGCUGGAUUCUACUAUGGCAACUACGACGGUCUGUCUAAGCCCCCCACAUUCGAUCUAAAACUAGAUAGGGAAAAUUGGACGACAGUCAACACUUCAUCGUCGGUGGAUGGAGGUCUUCCCAUAUACCAUGAGGCCAUCUAUUUGACACGUUCAGGCAACCUUACUGUGUGCUUAGUACAAACCAGGGAUGGAGAGGUGCCCUUCAUUUCUUCCCUGGAGGGCGUGCCUAUAACGAAUCUGUACGAGGAGGUAUUGGAUACUACCACUGCAACUUUACAUCUAGUCGCUAGAACCAACUUCGGUGGGUCUGAAGUGAUCAAGUGA